AUGUCCGACGCCGGACGUGCGGAGGCGGCCGACGCCAUCAACUCCCUCGUCACCUCUGGCGGGACGGACAUCGCCGGCGGCCUCUCCGCCGGCAUUCGCAUCCUCAAGGAGCGCCGUUUGCGCAACCCCGUGGCGAGCAUCAUCCUCCUUUCCGAUGGCAUCGAUACCAUGGGCCUGCCCCCCUCCGCCCGGAGCGUCGGGCCGAUCCACACCUUCGGUUUCGGCGCGAACCACGACCCGACCAUCAUGCACGCCGUGGCCGAAGCCACCGGCGGGACCUUCUCGUUCGUCGAGGAGGAGGCGGCGGUCUCGGACGCGUUUGCCGCGUGCCUCGCCGGCCUGCUCAGCGUGGUCGCGCAGUACUUGCAUCUGACCAUAUGCUCGGCCUCGCCGGGUGUCCACCUCACCUCGGUCGGCACCGGGAACUACUCGUCCAGGAUCUCGGACCAACGCCUGAUGGCGGUCAUCGAAGUCGGUGACAUGUAUGCCGAAGAAGAGAAGUUCUUCCUCCUCGACGUCACGGUUCCCAUCAAAGAAGACAAAAACGAUCCAUCGAUGCAGCUUAUAAGCGUUUACUGCUCUUACGUCGAUCCUCUUACCCAAGAUAUCAUCCACGUGGAAGAGGAGAGAACCAUAGUCCGCCGGCCCGAUAGCCUAUCGCCGGAGGAUGAGAUCGCGAACUUGAUCGUCGACGGGCAGCGGAACCGGAUUCUGGUGGCCGAGAGCAUUGCGGAGGCUCAGGCGAAGGCCGACGGUGGGGACCUGAAAGGCGCGAAGGCGGUGCUCGACGCACGGAGGGCGGCUCUCGUGGCCUCGUCGUCUGCUCUGGCGGGCGAUGAGCUAUGCGCGUGGCUGGACAAAGAGCUCAUAGAGAUUGGGGAGAGAAUUGCGAACCGGCGGGCUUACGAGAAGUCUGGAAGGGCUUACAUGCUCUCGGGGAUGAGCUCGCACUCGUGGCAGCGAGCCGCAAUGAGGGGGCAUUCGACGAUGCUGACGUCGGCGCCGGCGUCCGUCACGUUCCAGACGCAGGUGAUGACGGAGAUGUUGGAUAGUUCGCGUGAGUGGAGCCAAGAACUGCUGCUCGACGGUCGGAGAUCGGCAUCCCAGCCACCGGAGGGGAGGCUGCAGUAG